CAUCUGGCGAUUCAAAGUAGCAAUAUCGACCGUUUCCGCCAACUUUUGAGGACAUUCAUUUCGCUUUCAUAACUAUUUCAAGAUUCUCCUCAGCUUUCGUGAAUGGGCGAUGUGAUUUCAGACGACAGAACGUGGAUGGUGGCCAACUACGUCGUUGUUGCAGGAAGCACAUUAUGGAUCGCCGAAUUUAUUGAAACAUUGCCCACGGAGAUUGAUUCAAUAUGGGUGAAUCGGAAAACCACCGGAACUUCAAUGUUAUUCCUCAUGAAUAGAUACAUGUUCCUCUUGGGUUUGAUAUUUCAGGCGCUAAGGGUGUUACCAGGAAAUGGGACAAACAAGGAUAAUCGACGGGUUGUAUUCACUUUUGCAAUGUGUGACCUCUGCUAUAACAAACAUCCUUUUUGCUCUGAGAAUUUAUGCGAUAUAUAACAAGAACCGAUUUGUUCUCAUAUCAUCUCUUACAAUGAUAUUUUUUAUCUUCAUCUUUGAAGUUUUGGUAGAAGCACUUGAGC